AUGGGUAUUUUGAUCAGACAGGAGGAACUUGAGAUUCUUCCAAGACUUACACAUCCACCUCUAUUUGAUGCCAAGAACCAGUGCCAAAGAAAUAAAUAUGAGCCCCUCCUGCAAUUGUAUCCGUCUUUCCGUGGCUUGACUGCCAGAGAAAGAAGUUCAAAGAGCAGAAACUUUGCGAGAAAUGCUGGUGUUACCAAAGCGUACAGCUGUGUCACCGCGCUCCAAGCGUUUGAACCGAAGGAGAAACCGCAGCUCAAACCCCAACGCGCGAAGCUGCAAAGCCGGCAGGAAAUCCGAGACCUCGCACGACCCCCCGGUGCCUGGCGCUGCUCGCUUCCUGCAAGGGACCAGCUCCCGCCCAGGCGCCCAGCGCCGCUCGCAGGGGAAGUCCCCGAGGGCGGCGGCAGGAUCGCGGAGCCACCGCCCGGCUCCUGCACCUUCCUGAAGUGGCUGCUGGGGGUCCUGGGGGUCGCCGUCGUCGUCACGGUCAUCGCCGUGCCCCUGGCUCUGCUCACCGGCGAAAGUACCUCUGAGCCUGAUUCACGAAGAACAUACACUCUACAGAAUUACUUGAACAAUGACUAUAAGCCCAGGACACAUAAUUUGCAGUGGAUUUCAGGAAAUCAGUAUCUUCACAAAACAGCUGAUGGGAACAUCCUACGUAUCAAUGCCGACACCGGAACAUCCUCAGUAAUCUUGUCAAAUACAACAUUAGCUGAAUACAAGGCAACCACAGUUACAUUGUCUCCUGAUCAAAUGUUUGCUCUUCUGCAGUACAACUAUACAAAGUUGUGGAGGCAUUCCUAUACAGCUUCAUAUCACAUCUAUGAUUUCAAUAGCAGUUCUAUCUUAGAUGGCAAACUACUACCUAAUGAUAUACAAUAUAUAUCCUGGUCACCUGUUGGUCACAAACUGGCGUAUGUUUGGAAUAAUAAUGUUUAUAUAAAAGCUUCACCAACAGCAGAACCUGUGCAAAUCACUGAAAAUGGAGUAGAAAAUAAAAUUUUCAAUGGAAUACCAGACUGGGUUUAUGAAGAGGAAAUGUUUGGCACCCAUUCUGCUCUCUGGUGGUCUCCAAAUGGCAAUUUUGUGGCAUAUGCAGCAUUUAAUGAUACAGAAGUUCCUGUUAUAGAGUAUUCCUUUUAUUCUGAGGACACCUUGCAGUAUCCAAAGACCAUUAGAAUCCCAUAUCCCAAGGCAGGAGCUAAAAAUCCAACUGUGCAGCUCUUUAUUGUGGAUACCAAAUUGCUUCCUCAUUUCCGCCCUGCUGAAAUUUCUCCACCUGCAGAAAUAAAAUCAGGGGAUCAUUAUUUGAGUGUUGUAACAUGGGUGACAGAUGAAAGGAUCUGUCUGCAGUGGCUCAGAAGAAUUCAGAAUUUUUCAGUCCUCACAGUCUGUGACUUUGAAAGUGCUACUGAAAAUUGGACAUGUCCACGGGUAAGAAAAAAUGAGGUGGGAGAGAAAAACAACUUACUGAAGAAAGUACAACUGGCUGGAUUGGCAGAGUGACCAUCUGUCCCUCACUUUGCACCCGACAAUGCUACCUACUACAAAGUUUUCAGCAAUACCGUAGGUUACAAGCACAUCCAUUACAUAGAUGGCUCACAGGCUGUAGUACCUAUUACUGCAGGAAAAUGGGAAGUAAUCAGCAUAGAAGCUGUAACUAAUAACUUUUUAUACUACAUUAGUAAUGAAAAUGGUGGAAAGCCAGGAGGAAGAAAUCUUUAUAAAGUGCUCUUGGAAAGCAGUCCAAAUUCUCCUAAAUGUGUUAGCUGUGAACUGAAUCAAGAAAGAUGCCAGUAUUAUUCUGUGUCCUUCAGCAAAGAUGCACAGUAUUAUCAGCUAGAUUGUCAUGGUCCUGGCCUGCCCAUAUCUACUCUACACAGAAGCAGUGAUGAUCAAGUCCUCAGAUACUUGGAAAAUAACACUCAACUGGAAAAUUCACUGAAAGAUAUUCAGAUGCCUUCAAAAAAAGUUGGCUCCAUUAGAGUAGGUGGAUACAACCUGUGGUAUCAAAUGAUACUGCCUCCCCAUUUCGAUUCAUCAAAGAAGUACCCUCUGCUGCUUGAUGUGUAUGCAGGACCCUGUAGUCAGAAAGUAGAUUAUUCUUUUCAGAUCAGCUGGGCUACUUACCUUGCAAGCACGGAGCAGAUCAUUGUGGCCAGCUUUGAUGGCAGAGGAAGUGGAUACCAAGGGGAUGAAAUUCUGCAUGCAAUAAACCGAAGGCUGGGAACAUAUGAAGUGGAAGAUCAGAUAGCAGCAGCCAGAACAUUUUCUGAAAUGGGCUUUGUUGAUAAGGACAGAAUAGCUAUUUGGGGUUGGUCUUAUGGGGGAUAUGUGACCUCCAUGGUGCUUGGCUCUGGAAGCGGCGUGUUCAAGUGUGGAAUAGCGGUUGCCCCCGUGUCACGUUGGCAAUAUUACGAUUCAAUAUACACGGAGCGAUACAUGGGCCUUCCUAUAGCAAGUGAUAAUCUGAAGAACUAUAAUAGUUCAACAGUAAUGGCCAGAGCUGAAAAAUUCAAGGAAGUUGAAUAUCUCCUUAUUCAUGGAACGGCAGAUGAUAAUGUUCACUUUCAGCAAGCAGCACAGAUUUCCAAAGCUCUUGUUGAUGCUGAAGUGGAUUUUCAGGCAAUGUGGUAUACUGACAAAGACCACGCCAUCACCGGUCAAGCACAUAAGCAUAUUUAUACCCAUAUGAGCCAUUUCAUAAAGCAGUGUUUCUUGCUGCCCUAGCACCAGCAUUUUGGUUGUUAGCAAUGAUACUUCUCCAGAAAACACUCUAGCUAAUGUACACUGAGCCAGUAUAAACUUUUAUGAAUCAAGAUGAGAUAAGGAUCAGCUCUUGGGAUACCUGUGUACACAAUGAAAUGCUAAUCUUUAUAAUGAUUUCUGUUGCCAAGCUGCUAUUGCAUUUUUAUUGAUUGUGUUUAAUAAGGUCUUAAAAUCACCAGAGUGUAGGUAUGUUGCAGACUUCUAGAAAGC